UAUCCUGUGCUCUUUCUUCAUAAAUCAUUGUCAUUUAUUUCUACAUUCUUUGUGGUUAAUGAUUUCUGUUCUUGUGGAUUUGUAAUUUUUCAAUCAAAUUGUUUUGUGAACACCAUAGCUGAAACUAUUGAAAACCCUUAAAAAUCAUGCCUGUAGCUGAUGAAAUCCAGUCCUCAUGGGCUGAUGAAGUGGAAAUAGAUCAGGGCGCACUUCCACCACCAUCAGAAGUAGUUGAAAAUGGACUCAAAAUUGUAACAGAAUAUAAAUAUGACAACGACAAUAAAAAAGUCAAAAUUGUCCGUACAUACAAGAUUGAAAAACGUGUUGUCUCAAAGAGUAUUGCAAAACGUAAAACGUGGGAUAAAUUCGGUGAUUCAGCGAAUGACAAACCUGGUCCUAACCCAGCAACCACCAAUGUUUCUGAAGAUGUCUCGAUGCAAUUCAUUACAAGCAAGGAAGAGGCACAGCGUCCUGAUGAAGGUGACCUAGAAGCCCUGAAGUCUAGGCCUACCAAGGUGCUGUUCAAAUGUCGUACAUGCCAAGGGGAACAUUGGACCUCAAGUUGUCCAUUCCAGAACACACAAGUAGCUCAGGCCAAGGCUAGUGAAGCAGCUAAAGCUGCUGAAGCCAAAGCUUCCAGCACCAACAAGUAUGUUGCACCGAAUAUGCGUGAAGGCGCAACUCGCGGUACAGGUCGUGAACCUCCAGGCGCACGACGUGACGACCUGGCAGCAAUCCGUAUUUCUAACUUAAGCAACUUUGCGGUUGAGGCAGAUUUAGAUGACCUGGUGAAAGGCUUUGGGCCUGUACAGAAGUUGUACCUUGCAAAGGAAAAGAGUACGGGACAAUGCAAAGGAUUUGCUUAUGUGCAUUUCAAAUUCAGGGGUGAUGCUGCUAAAGCUAUUACUACAUUGAAUGGUUAUGGUUAUGAUCAUCUUAUAUUGAAUGUAGAGUGGUCCAAGCCGCCGCAAAACAAUUAAUGUACCCCCAAACAAUUAAUGUACCCCCAAACAAUUAAUGUGCUCCAUGUUACAGAUUAAAAAAUAAAUUUGAAUAAACUAA